CUGACGGCGCUGCUGACCUGGCUGCUGCUCACGGAACCGUCAGCGCGGGCCUGCGCGCCCGGCCGCGGACACUACCGGCGCCGCGCGCCGCGCAAGCUCACGCCGCUCGUGUUCAAGCAGUACGUGCCGAACGUCAGCGAGCAGACGCUGGGCGCGUCCGGCCUGCCCCAAGGCGCCAUCAGCCGCGACGACCCGCGCUUCCUGCAGCUGGUGCCCAGCUACAGCGAGGACAUCGUCUUCAAGGACGAGGAGGGCACCGGGGAAGACCGCGUGAUGUCGCAGAAGUGUAGAGCCAAGCUGGACAUGCUGGCGAUCUCGGUGAUGAACCAGUGGCCGGGCGUGCGGGUGCGCGUCAUCGAGAGCUGGGACCUGGGCCGGCUCCACUCGCGCCAGUCGCUGCACUACGAGGGUCGCGCCGUCGACAUCACCACCUCGGACCGCGACCGCAGCAAGUACGGCAUGCUGGCGCGGCUGGCCGUCGAGGCCGGCUUUGACUGGGUCUACUACGAGUCACGCUUCCACAUCCACUGCUCCGUCAAGUCAGAGUCUGUGGCAGCCGGCCGGUACGGCGGCUGCUUCUCCGGCGACACGGAGGCCGCGCUGGCCGACGGCCGGCGGCGCCGCUUCGACCAGCUGCGGCGCGGCGACGUCGUCAAGGCGGUGGACGAGAGCGGCGCCGUGGUCGACAGCGAGGUGAUCCUCUGGCUGGACCGCGACCCGGCGGAGCGACGGCUCUUCCACCGGCUGACGACGGCGUCUGGGCGCCGGCUGGCCCUCACGCCUGGCCACCUGCUGUACGUGCUGGACGCAGCCAGCGCCGCCGCCGGCAACGUCACAGCGCAACACGCUCGCGUCACAUUCGCGAGACGCGUCAUCGCCGGCGACUUCGUGCUGGUGGGCGACGGCGGGCGCGUGGAGGCCGAGCGCGUGGUGGACGCGCAGCCCGUGGAACUGAAGGGCGUGUUCGCGCCGCUCACGCGACACGGUACCGUGUUGGCCAACGGCGCGUUCGCCUCGUGGUACGCCCAGGUGGACUCGCAGCAGCUGGCGCACUGGGCGCUGCUGCCGGCGCGCUGGGCGGUGAACGCUAGAGAGUGGGCGGCGCAUGUGUGGCGUCGGUUGAGCGGAGGCGACGGCGGUGUGGCCGCGGCCAGGCGCGCCCCGCCCUCGCCUGGCGUGCACUGGUACGUGCGCAUGCUGUACGCCUUGUCGGACGUCCUUUUGCCCCGUGAUAUGAUGUUUGACUAGGGCGCGCUAGUCAGGUGCGGCAGUCGGCUGGCGUUUGCGUGGCGCGCGGGAGAAGUACGCUGUGGAAAGCCUAGCCCGCCCUAGGCGUGGGCGUUUCGUUGAUUCAUCGUGUACAGUGCACAGACCAUACUUGUCCAUUUACUCAUGUGCUGAAGAAACCAAUAUUAUUUAUUUUUGCUUCAUGCGCCGCCAAGCUCAUUGCUCACAGCGGGAGUUGGGUCGCUGUGCUUGAGUUAGUGUUUUGUGAUGGUUCUCAGAGAUCGGCGGUGAGCCUGAGUUGAAAUGUGCGAGAACAGAGCUUGUCUUCAGCUUCCUGCAUGACCGUAGCAUUGCUGAAAUCGCGAAUCCGCCGCGGGUUUUCGCUUCUUGUCAUUUUAUGCCAAAGCUGACGGCUUAUCUGAA